AAAAUAGGUCAAGUUUGUCCGUUUUAACAACCUGUACACAAGUUGACGAGCGUUAUCCGUAACUUCUUUUAUAUAUAUUACCACAAACAAUGUCAGCCUUUUCUGAGCGCAUGAAUCAGAUUAAGAAGGAGACAUUUGUGGGUCUGGGUAUUUCUGUAGGGAUACGACUGCGCCUAUUCGACGCCAUGGCGCAGAUGGACCGGCCGGUCACAGCGACAGAAUUGGCGACGAAGACGAAAUGUAAAGAGAGAUAUAUUCAACAGUGGCUAGGUUUCAUGGCGUGCAGCGAUAUUAUAAACUUCGAAGAAGAUGACUCCGGAGAAGAGAAGUUUUCCAUUCCAAACGACCGAUUGCCUCACCUCUCUACUGACACUGGAGAUUCGAACGCGAUGUGGAUGUACGGGCUGCCUAUCCUCACUGGUGUUCAGUGCCAACUGGAGAGUUGCUUCCAGAAGGAGGGACCAAACGGCAUACCACACGAAUCAUAUGGCGGAUUUAACGAGUUCCUCGACCUAUAUGGCAGAUAUGGAUAUGCUGAAAAGCUGAUAGAAAAUACUCUGAUGGAAGUGCCUGAUGUAGCGAAACAAUUAGAAGGGGGUAUAUUGAUGUGUGAAAUUGGUUGCGGCACGGGGUUUCUACUCCAGACGAUGGCUAAGAAAUACCCCAGGAGUCAAUUCCUUGGCCUUGACAUUGCAGCUCGUGCCAUUGAUUCCGCCAACAAGGAAGCCAGAGAAAACGGGAUAAAAAAUGUGCAGUUUGAAGUCCAUGACGCGCACAAGCUCCCCUCUGACUGGACAGAAAAGUUUAAUUACGUUUUCCUGACAGAUGUCAUCCAUGACGUGCCCGAUCCGAAAAAAGUUUUGCAAGAAAUAAAGCGCGUCUUGAAACCUGCUGGCACUGCUUCAAUUCAAGAUUUUCCAUUACGCCGCAGAGUUGCAGAUAAUCUCAAGUCCCCUAGUGCCAACACUGGUUAUUUAGUUGGUAUGUUCUACUGUAUCCCCGCCUGUAUGAACUACGGCGGACCCGGGUAUGGACCUGCGUGGGGAGUUGAGAAUUGGGUUGAAGUGAUGAAAGACGUGGGUUUUAACGUAAAACUCUGUAUGGAGAACAGUGCUCACUUCGUAUGCUCUAAGUGAAUGCAUAUUUCACUGAGAAAGACAUUUUUACAUAUAACUUUCAAUGUCAAUGUGAUUUCACUAUUGUGUGCUGUAUUUGUACACCGACGAGCGUAAUUUCUUGCUUAUGCUCUUAGUGAAUGAAUAUUUCACCGAGAGAGUCAGCUUGUUUUACAUUUGAUUUUCAGUGCCAAAAGUUCAUUUCAUUAUUGUAUGUCUAGUUUGUACACCGACAAUCUUUACUUCUGACUAUGCUAAAUUUAUCCAAUUCUGGGAUAGAAUCAUUUGCCUUGACUCCGAUUUAAAAAAAUUUUUAGGAAAGACUUCAAAAGUACUAAAAUGUGUCCCAAGGUAGGCUACAAAAAUUGCAGCGAAAAAUCAUGGAAAGGUUUCGGUUCCAAAUCAUAGGUUGAAUUAAUUGCCCAACAUUAUGUGUAUGGUCAAUUAGUGGGUAUCCGAUUUAUGAGUAUUAA